GGGGCUGCAGCCCGAGGGCAGGACUCGGCUGUGCACCACCGGGGCUUUGCCUGACCCCCAGCACCCGGCCUGACCACUGGGGGCGCAGAUGGGAGCUGGGGAGCCCCCCGCAGCCCUAACCUGGAUCAGGCUCCACCCCCUCGCCUAAGAACCAGGAUAUUUGUGCCUGGGCCAGAUAGGUCCCGCUCCAGCCCCGCCCCGGGCCCCAGCAGCCUGAAGGGCGCCCCGCCCCGCGCCCUUGGGAGUUCGGCGUCCCCUGCCUAACGCUGCCACCCGGGAGCGAGAGUAACAGGAAAAGGUGGCACUACUAGGCCCGGGAGCGUCUCCUAGCAACGCGGAAAUGGCAGCCCCCGCAGCAUUGCGCAUGCGCACACAAUCCCGGUCCCAUGUGUUGUCUUUGCUACCGUCACGUCCGGCUCUUUGGAGCUGUAUCCGGUCCGGGGUCACAGCCUCAGCUGUGCGGCUGCCGGAGGUAAUAAAAAUGUCAGCGCCAUCAAUGGAGGAAAGGAAGGCUUGCUGGGGAGCCAGGGAUGAAUACUGGAAAUGCUUAGAUGAAAAUAUGGAAGAUGCAUCUAGGUGUCAGAAGCUUAGAUGUUCUUUUGAAUCUAGGUGUCCACAGCAAUGGGUAAAAUACUUUGACAAAAGAAGAGACUUUUUAAAAUACAAAGAACAGCUUCAAGCAGGAGAAUAUCAGCCUCCUGGGACUACUGAAAAGUCAUAGCUACGCAUCAACUUAUUGAAACACAAUCAAUGAAAGAAUAAUCUUAUGGAAGAGAAGUACUGAAAUAUGUCAAGAACUCUGAGUUAAAACUAACUGUACUGUAUCUCUAGAAAUUCAUGCUGUUUUCCUUAUUGCAAUGUCUCGCUUUUAUGCGAGAACAGUAAUUAAACGAAAAAGACAGUGACUGUCUGUAAGUGUGUGUGUAUCAAAGAAAUAUGGUAUAUAAUUUUUCCUAUACCUGAUUUUUUUUUUAUCAUGUAACUAGGAUGAAAAGCAGUGUUUCCCAGAAAUUAAUGCACUGAAUUAUAAAUUUAUAUUUUAGGGAGAAUAUUAAACUGUUUUCAAACUUGACAAGUUUUUCUAUGCAUGUGAACUAACUUUUCUAAAAAGCUCCUUCAUCUUCCCUCCUUCUCUAUGAGGAUGAUGUGUCAGUGUAAGUGAGCAGGUAUACUCUAUGCUAAUUCUUUGAACAUUUUGUGAAUCAAAUUAAUUUCAGCUGUCUUACUGUAUGGCAAGAUUUUAGAUAAAGAUCAAGAGGUAUAAAUAACCACUGCAUCUCAUUUCUUA